ACUCAAAGUCUACAGAAACAAGUAGCUGGAAGCGAUAACAUUAAAAUAACAACAAUAAUACUAAACUUUAAAUAUUACAAAACUAAAACUAAUUCGCUAGGUUUUUAAAUUUGUUAUCAUUAUUGCAAUAAAAAAAGAAUGGUUAAGACUAAAAAAAUUUAGUUGAGUUGUAUUAGUUCGUGAUAUACCAUUUCUGGACUUUGAAAUUCCACGUAUUAAACAUAUUCUUGUGAAACAAGAGAUAUGCUUUUCACUUUUUACGUAUUUCAUUAAAGAUGGGAAGCUCGGGGAAAUUCGUAAAUGAAUGGACUUCUCUUGCUAUAAGCCAUGUGGAAUAUCAAACCGGUGACUGGUUUGGGAAACUUUUAGCUUUGACUAGUCUUUGUCCACUAGCAUUAGUUGUUGCCUUUGCUACAUUAAUCAUUUUUCGAAGAGAUCUACACACUAUUUCUUUUUUUGGUGGUACAGUCCUUAACGAAGCUAUUAAUUGGAUCUUGAAGCAUUGUAUUAAAGAAGUGCGUCCUUGUCAUGGUCGAGAGGUUCUUUUUUCUGAAUAUGGCAUGCCCUCAAAUCAUGCACAAUUUAUGUGGUUUUUUGCUACUUACAUGGCAUUUUUUCUGCUAAUUAGACUGCAUCAUGGAAAUAAUACGUAUCCAUUAGAAAAUGCAUGGAAAUAUUUCCUUACUUUACUUUUCAUGUGUGUAGCAGCUAUUGUUACAUAUAGUAGAAUCUAUUUGCAAUAUCAUACAUGGAAUCAAGUGUUGUGGGGAGCUCUUUUAGGCAUCAUUUUUGCAUGUUUGUGGUUUGCCUUUACACAGUUUACAUUAACUCCACUUUUUCCAAUAAUUGCAGCAUGGCCCAUAAGUGAAUUUCUGAUGUUAAGAGAUACAACACUCAUUCCAAAUGUUAUGUGGUUUGAAUAUACGUCCCAUCGAACAGAAUCAAGAACAAGACAGCGAAAAUUAGUAUCCAUGAAGUCGCAAUGACUGGAUAAUGCUCAAUUUAUGUUUUAUCACAAUAAAUGUACAAAUUACUACUAAAUUUUGCUUUUUUUUAUACUCUAAAUAGUAUAUAUCAUUUGUGUAAAAUUUGUAUAAUAUUUGUGUGUUUUUGCUGCAAAUAAAAAUGUUUCUGAGAUCUGUUCUUUAUACACAGCAAUAUGGAUGUAAAAAAAAUCAUAAAUAAUUGUUUAUUUUAUUAUAACUUAACACACUCUGGUAGUGUUGAUAUGUCCAUAUUUUUAAACAAUGGCAAAAAUAUUUCUAUCAUGUUAAUAUAUUGAUUCAAUUGGUUUUAUUCAAUUAUUAAAUAUGUAAUGAUUGUCAAAACUAUAAAGUUUUUUUUCUUAUUAA